AUGCCCACCAUGCUUCAAACACCAUCCAGGGCCUCAACUGCCUCGUCAUCGUCCUUUCAACUAUUGUCCCGCCAGAACACCAUGUCGUCUUAUGAUGGAUCGCGCUCUGCGCGCCAGUCAAAGCGAUACUCAAUGUCUGCAUUGUACAUGUCCAUGUCGGCCAACGAGUGCGAAAUGCAAAUUGAAGAUGAUCUCGCCAAAGCUCAGAAAGUCCUCCGGGAUCUCAAGACCAAAAUAUCCUCACAAUCAAAAAAGAACUUUGUCCUCGAAAAAGACGUACGAUACCUGGAUUCUCGGAUUGCCCUUCUCAUUCAAAAUCGCAUGGCGCUUGAAGAGCAAAAUGAAGUUGCCAGCCACCUGGAAGAUACCGCAGAAGUACAACAGGGCGUAUUUCCCAACGACGAUAAAACGCAAAAGUACGGCAAUCUCAUCUUCCUAUUACAAUCCGAACCGCGACACAUCGCCCAUUUGUGCAGACUCGUGUCCAUGGCCGAGAUAGACUCCCUGUUGCAGACGGUCAUGUUCACCAUUUACGGCAAUCAGUACGAAAGCCGUGAAGAGCAUUUGCUACUCACCAUGUUUCAGUCCGUUCUGACUCAUCAGUUCGAUCAUACGCCCGAUUACUCCUCUUUGCUUCGAGCUAACACGCCUGUCUCCCGUAUGAUGACAACCUACACCCGUCGUGGCCCUGGCCAGAGUUUCCUCAAGACCGUCUUGGCCGACAGAAUCAACAGUCUCAUCGAGUUGAAGGACUUGGACCUUGAGAUCAACCCUUUAAAGGUCUAUGAACGCAUGUUGGAGCAGAUUGAGGAGGAUACCGGCAGUGUACCCGCCAACUUGCCCAAGGGCAUCACUGGCGAACAAGCUGCAGAGAACCCACAGGUUCAGGCUAUCAUUGAGCCUAGGCUUACCAUGCUGACCGAAAUUGCCAACGGAUUCUUGGCAACGAUUAUCGAGGGCCUGGAGGAGACGCCUUACGGCAUUCGCUGGAUCUGCAAGCAGAUCAGGAGCUUGACAAAACGCAAGUACCCGGAUGCGAACGACCAGGUUAUCUGCACCUUGAUCGGAGGAUUCUUCUUCCUGCGAUUCAUCAACCCCGCCAUUGUCACUCCCAAAUCCUACAUGCUCAUUGACGGAACUCCUGCCGAACGUCCUCGACGGACUUUGACAUUGAUUGCGAAGAUGUUGCAGAAUCUUGCCAAUAAGCCAUCGUAUGCCAAGGAGCCGUACAUGGCCAAACUUCAACCCUUCAUUCAUCAGAACAAGGACCGAAUCAACAAGUUCAUGCUUGACCUUUGUGAGGUCAGUGAUUUCUACGAAAGCUUGGAAGUGGAUAACUAUGUGGCCUUGUCAAAAAAGGAUCUUGAGCUGGACAUAACACUCAACGAGAUCUACGCCAUGCAUGGUCUCAUUGACAAGCACUAUCAGGAGCUUUGCAAGGAUGAAAGCUCUCACCUGGCAACCAUCGUGGCAGAGUUGGGCUCGUCACCACCGCAGGUUCCGCGCAAAGAAAACCGAGUGAUCAAAUUACCGCUCUUCAGCAGAUGGGAAACUGCCAUUGACGACUUGACAGCCGCGCUGGACAUUACACAAGAGGAAGUGUACUUUAUGGAAGCCAAAUCCAUCUUUGUGCAGAUUCUGCGCACCAUUCCGCAGAGCAGUGCGGUCCUUCGCCGACCUCUCCGACUAGAGCGAGUAGCAGACGCCGCUGCUACCAGCCGCAACGACGCCGUCAUGGUCCGCAAAGGGAUCAGGGCAAUGGAGCUCCUGUCCCAGCUUCAGGAGCUAGGUGUCAUUGACAAGAGCGACCAGUUUGAUCUUUUGCGUGACGAGGUUGAGCAGGAAUUGCAGCAUCUUGGCUCGUUGAAGGAGGGUGUCAUUGCCGAGACGUUGAAGCUCGAGGAGGUGUACAAGACGAUUCGAGACCACAACACUUAUUUGGUCGGCCAGUUGGAGACGUACAAGAGCUACUUGCAUAACGUGCGGUCUCAGAGCGAAGGAACCAAGCGAAAGCAACAGAAACAACAGGUCCUUGGACCUUACAAGUUCACUCAUCAGCAGCUCGAAAAGGAGGGAGUGAUACAGAAGAGUAAUGUCCCGGAUAACAGACGGACCAACAUCUACUUUAACUUUACGAGUCCUUUGCCUGGAACAUUUGUUAUUUCGCUCCACUACAAGGGUCGCAAUAGGGGUCUGUUGGAACUCGACCUCAAGCUGGACGAUUUGCUUGAAAUGCAGAAGGACAACCAAGAUGAACUCGACCUCGAAUACGUUCAAUUUAACGUUCCCAAGGUGCUGGCUCUGCUUAACAAGAGAUUUGCGCGCAAGAAGGGAUGGUAA